GAGAGGAGGAAAGAGUGAAAAAAAGACUAAUAGCGUAAAAAGAGUAAAGGGAAACGCUUUACUUAUUGGGGCGUAGGGUUUUGAUCCAACAAGGAGAAUUGAGAGAAGAUGAUAGACUUUGCUCGUGUUCAAAAGGAGCUACAAGAAUGUAGCAGAGAAAAAGACUCUUCGGGCAUUAGGGUCUCUCCAAAAUCAGACAAUCUUGCUCGCUUGACUGGCAUCAUCCCUGGUCCCCUUGGCACUCCCUAUGAAGGGGGCUCCUUUGAAAUCGAUAUCACAUUGCCUGAUGGGUAUCCAUUUGAGCCUCCCAAAAUGAAGUUUGUGACGAAAGUUUGGCACCCAAACAUCAGCAGCCAAAGUGGGGCGAUAUGCCUGGAUAUAUUGAAGGACCAGUGGAGUCCUGCACUCACUCUUAAGACAGCUCUUCUUUCUGUUCAAGCUUUGCUUUCAGCUCCUGAACCUGAUGAUCCUCAAGAUGCUGUAGUAGCACAACAGUAUCUUAGAGAGUAUCAGACAUUUGUUGGUACAGCUCGUUACUGGACAGAAAGUUUUGCCAAGGCCUCUUCUUUAGGGGUUGAGGAAAAGGUACAACGACUCGUGGAAAUGGGUUUUCCUGAUGGUUUGGUGAGAAGUACUCUAGAAGCGGUUGGGGGUGAUGAAAACCUGGCCCUUGAAAAGCUUUUAUCCAGCUGAUCUGCGCUGGAGUUGCCAAUUGUUCUACAUCUUUUAGUAAUUCUUCACCUACCUGGUGAAUUUGAACACUAUACAAUGACACAAUUAUAUCUGAAUAUAAGCUGUUUCUAAUUACUGAGUUCUGAUUCCAUAAA